AUGACAAUUGAGCAAGCCAAUGCUCUUUAUAACUCCAAUCCAAAGCAGCCAUAUGAUCCUUAUUCUAACACGUACAAUGAAGGAUGGAAGCAUAAUCCUGCAUUCUCAUACAAGAACACUCAAGCACAACUCAAUCCACCUCCUCCACCUCGCAACAAUUUAAUGCACCACCAGCAACCUCCUCCAAUUCAACAGAAGAGCAACUUGGAGAUUAUGAUGGAGAACCUUUUAGCCCAACAAACUAACUUCAUGGCUCAACAAGGUAAGCAAAAUGAGAAGACUGAUAACGCAAUUCAACAAAUUCAAGCUCAGAACAAGCUCUUGGAAAGUCAAAUAAGCCAACUUGCACAUCAGGUGGGCCAAUUAUCAAAAGCUCCUGGUCAUUUUCCAGAGCUACAAGAUCAUCCUUUGGAGACGGUUCAAACUGAGAAAGUGGUAGAGAAUGAGAUUGUCGAAGAAGAGAAGAAAGAACCUACUCCUACCCCUAUUCGACCUUACACGCCACCAGUUCCAUUCCCACAAAGGACUAUCUCUGAGAUGCCAUCUUAUGCAAAAUUUCUGAAAGACAUGCUCUCAAACAAGCGGAAGAUCGAGGAAAAUGCAACUGUUUCACUUACAGCAGAAUGUAGUGCUAUUUUGCAGAAUAAGCUUCCUAAGAAGCUAGGAGAUCCGGGUAGCUACUCUAUUCCUGUGAAGCUUGGAGAUAUUGAAAUAAAAAAGGCACUUUGUGAUCUUGGGGCAAGUGUUAGUCUAAUGCCUUUGUCAAUCUGCAAGAAGCUUCAAUGGGUGAACCAAAACCACACGUAUUCCCUACAAUUAGCAGAUAGAACUGUAAAGUAUCCACUUGGUAUCCUUGAAGAUGUUCCCUCCGUGUUGGGAAGUUUUUCAUUCCAUGUGACUUUGUAG